AUGUCGUGGCAAUCAUACGUCGAUGACCACCUCAUGUGCGAUGUCGAAGGCAACCACCUCGCCGCCGCAGCAAUUUACGGCCUAGACGGCAACGUCUGGGCACAGAGCGCCGCUUUUCCAGAGUUGAAGGCUGGAGAAUUCGACGGAAUCAAGAAGGACUUCGAAGAGCCAGGGACUCUUGCCCCAACCGGAAUGUUUCUUGGUGGCGCCAAGUACAUGGUUGUUCAAGGUGAAGCAGGAGCUGUGAUCCGAGGGAAAAAGGGACCAGGAGGUGUUACUAUCAAGAAGACGAUUCAGGCUGUGGUGAUCGGUAUCUACGAGGAACCAAUGACCGGAGGUCAAUGCAAUUUGGUUGUGGAAAGGCUCGGGGAUUACCUCAUCGAGUCUGAAUACUGA